CUGAAUCUGAUAUUAAGCAAGGUGAAGCAGAAGCACCAGCCCAAAGAAGCAUUAGAGAAGCUGCUGCAAGCGAGUCUUCGGAUGAUGAAGAGGAAAAAGGGGAAAAGAUAGAUUCACAUGUCGAGGAUGACGAGUUAGACCACCAUCAUGAGGUGUAUUCGGAGAAAGAAGGC